CCGUUAAUAUAGACAACGUUUUUUUUAUACAUUAAUAUAUACGUAAAAAAUGUAUCCGGGAUGCUCCCUGACUUAGAUUCAUACAGUUUUAACGACCAAUACUUGUUUUUGUCCUAAUGUUGAUAUAUGUAAAAGAGCCCUAUUUUUGUUAUGUAUUUUGAACAUUUGGAAUAAAAAAAAUUAAAAUAAAGUUUUUUUUUUGUCUUCUGCGGUGUACGCUGGAUAGCUAAACAAGCAAACCCUGAUUGAAGCACAGGUGGUCCAUUCAGCUGCACAAAGGUGAGUUAGCGCCUGUCCUAUAAAGCGAACAGGUGCUGAGUAAUUGUGCCCGUGUUGGUUAGCUGAACUUUGUGUGUCGUGGCUUGCAGCUUUGUAAAUUAGCUCCUGUUCUGCUAAUUAUUAAAAACUUUCCCCCCUUUACUGCCAACAUGAGUGCUGGAGGAGGAACCCCUUUUAUCGGAAGUAAAAUAAGUUUGAUAUCAAAGGCACAGAUUCGUUAUGAAGGAAUAUUGUCUUCCGUGGAUACAGAACGGUCCACGGUUGCUUUAGCAAAAGUUAAAUCCCACGGGACGGAGGACCGGCCCACGGAUAGGCCAGUGCCACCCAAAGAUGAAAUUUAUGAAUAUAUUAUUUUCAGAGGAAGUGACAUUAAAGAUAUCACUGUGUCUGAACCGCCGAAGCCACACUAUGGACUACCACGCGACCCUGCCAUUGUUCAGUCAUCAAUGGGCCCGUCUGGUGCUUAUCACCCACGCUGGAGUCCAUACAGAGACAUGAUGCCCACCUUUAACCAGCUUGCUGCUAGUUCUCUACUCAACCAGCAGUACAAUGCAGCGCUAGGCCUAAUACCAGGCCUUCACGGCCCAGCCAGACAAGCCCCUAUGGUGGAACAGGCUGUCCAAACCGUGCCUUUGGCUGCAGCAGCACAGAUGCGUGGAAAGGCUUCCACCCAGCCACAGAGCAGGCAGCCUGUUCGUCCAACCCAGCGUCCUGCUCAAGCUGGUCCUCAGUUUGAGAAAGAGAAUAUACCAACUAGACAGACAUCACAACCAGCUGCUGCAAAGGUUGAAGGUCAAAAGACUGAAAACCAGAAAAAAAGGCAAAGACAAGGAAGUCGCAGGUCCCGGACCAGAAAUAGAGGCCAACUUCUUGCAAAAAACUCCAAGGCAACAACUUUGGCGUUUGAGUCAGACUUUGAUUUUGAGACGGCAAAUGCUCAGUUUAGAGAUGAGCUCACGAAGGAAGUUGUAGGUAUGCUGAAAGGCCGUCAACCGAUGUACUGUCUUUGGAGGCCACUUUUUUUAUUUAUUUAUUUUAACAUUUCUGCAGGUGACAAGCUGGACACCAGGGAGCUGCUGGCCAGCCAGGGAAUAGAAGAGGUGGAAACUCUUGCAGAGAAGUAUUAUGACAAAGCCAAAUGCUUCUUUGACAAUAUCUCGUCAGAUCUUAAGCCCAGGAGAACCACCUGGGCAGAGGAGAAAAAAUUGAACAUGGAAACAUUCGGAGUGCCUGGUCGCUUCCUGAGGAGCAGAGGAUUCAGGGGUCGUGGACGUCGAGGGCAAAGUGCCACUGAGCAGCGAGCCCUCCCAAAAAUUGACAGUGGGAGAGUGUGAAUUUCUUUUUGUUAACACUACUGUAAAUAUUGUAGUUCUACUUAAAACUGUCUCCCUUAUUUUUCCCUGCUUGGAGUUUUUUGUUUUGUUGUUGUUGAUACCGAAUAUGCAUUUGGGGAAAACUGGAGUUUGGAUCCUUUACAUAAAACGGGAGAACUUUUUUUUUUUUUUUUUUUUAAAUCCAGCUGCUGUGCUGAAAGCAUGUGAUGUCUGAACUGUCCAGCAAGUUUUUGUUUUUUUUUAUGGACUUGUACUUGACUAAAGAAACUUAAAUAGUUUUGGAUUGUAUACUGAAGCAUUAAUGGACACUUCCUUUUUUUUGUAAACUCAAACUGGAGGAACCUGACGGUUAUUAAAUGUCAUGUUGACUACA